GGAGCCUGGGCCGCGGUGGCAGGCGCGCGUCGCUGGGCGCGCGGCCCGGGGCGUGCGGAUCCAGGCGCGGAGUCGAGCUUGGGUCGGGUCGCGGCGGCACCAUGGUGCUAUGCCCGGUGAUCGGGAAGCUGCAGCACAAGCACGUGGUGUUGGCCAGCGCCUCCCCGCGCCGCCAGGAGAUCCUCAGCAACGCGGGCCUCAGGUUCGAGGUGGUCCCUUCCAGGUUCAAGGAGAAGCUGCAUAAGGCCUCAUUCGCCACCCCGUACGCAUACGCCGUGGAAACGGCCAAGCAGAAGGCCCUGGAGGUGGCCGGCAGGAUGCACCAGAAGGACCUACGGGCCCCUGACGUUGUCAUCGGAGCGGACACCAUCGUGGCGGUGGGAGCGACGAUCCUGGAGAAGCCUGUGGACAAGCAGGACGCCUACCGCAUGCUGUCAAGGCUGAACGGGAAGGAGCACAGUGUGUUCACGGGCGUGGCCAUCGUCCACUGCUGCAGCAAAGACGGCCGGCUGGACACAGAGGUCUCGGAGUUCUACGAGGAGACCACGGUGAAGUUCUCAGAGCUGUCAGAGGAGCUGCUGUGGGAGUACAUCAACAGCGGGGAGCCCAUGGACAAGGCUGGCGGCUACGGGAUCCAGGCGCUGGGCGGGAUGCUGGUGGAGAACGUGCACGGGGACUUCCUCAACGUCGUGGGCUUCCCCCUGAACCACUUCUGCAAGGAGCUGGCACGCCUGUACUACCCGCCCCGCCCCGAGGACCUGCAGCGGGUCAAGCACGACUCCAUCCCUGCCGUCGACACCUUCGAGAAUCUCAGUGACACGGAGGGAGGUGGCUCGGACCCAGAUCCGAGCGCCGAGGGCGGCCGUGGUGGUGAGGAGGCGGACGGAGACCGGUCACAGGCUCCCGGCGCGCUGGAUGCAGCCCUUAACGGGGCGGACAGCCGGCCCCCGUUCCCCACGGGCCUCCUGGAGCUGAUGGACGGCUUCAAAGCAUCCAAGGUCCUGUUCACGGCUUGCAAGCUCAAACUGUUUGAUGUCUUAAAAGACCAAGGUCCCCUGAAGGCCGUGGAUGUCGCCCGCAAACUCGACGCCUGCGCGGGCGGGACUGAGCAGCUGCUGGAUGUCUGCGCGGCCCUGGGGUUACUGGAGAAGACGCACAGAGGUUACAGCAACACGGAGGUGGCGACCCUGCACCUGGUGUCAGGUGGCGAACACUCUCUCCUGGGCCUGGCCGAGUACAAUGACGCCCACGUCUGGGGCGUCUUCACACGCCUGGGCCUGGCCGUGCGGGAGGGGGCAGGCCACACCCGCGGGGCUCUGGGGGUGAUGGAGGAGGAGGAGCACCUGUCCCAGAGCACGGAGAUGACGCUGCAGUUCAUGAGGGCCAUGCACAGCCUCAGCAAGCUGACUGCCCACCACGUGGCCACGGCCUUCGACCUGUCCCGAUUCACCUCUGCCUGCGACCUGGGAGGCUGCACGGGCAUCCUGGCCCACGAGCUCGCCCAGGAGUACCCGCAUCUGCAGGUGACUGUGUUUGACCUCCCAGAGGUCAUUGAGCUCUCUGGGGGCUUUCAGCGUGGCGGACGACAGACAGAGCGGAUCCGCUUUGUGCCAGGUGACUUUUUCAAAGACAGCCUCCCGGAAGCAGAUCUGUACAUUCUUUCCAGAAUUCUGCAGGACUGGCCGGAUGACAGACUCCACAAGUUACUGAGCCGGAUCUCGAGCAGCUGCAAACCAGGCGGUGGCCUCCUGGUGGCAGAAGCGGCGGCGGAGGAGGAGGAGGGGGCGUCGCGGAGCCCCCGGCUGCGGACCCUGAGCGCCGGGCAGCCCCGGAGCCCCGACGAGCACCGACGCCUCCUGCAGCGACACGGCUUCCGGGACGUGCGGGUGGCGCGCGCGGGGGACCUGCUGCGCGUGGUCCUGGGCACCCGGGCUGCGCCCUGAGGGUCACCAGGAACCCGGCGGGGCCCAGCGCCCGGGAGUGAAGGGUUCCUGGAGAGCAGGUGUCACCGGACAGAUUAAAGGAGGCGGAAAGCA